CGUACACAUAGUGGUAGAUUCAGAGUCUAUUUGACCUUGGUAUAUCCUUCAGUUAACAUAAGCGUUUUUCAAAUUCCUCUGUUAUUGCACAACUGUUGUUUCAGGUUGUGCAAUACAUAUUCAGAUUUUCUUUAUGUAUAAAUUAAAAAGUUAAUGUCGUCAUCUCGAGCUGCCUCUGCUAUAAAAGAAGUAAUCAACUUCAAAAAUGCUAAGAGGACGUCUUUCUUCCUCAUGAUAAUGAUAUCGAUAUAUCAUGGCUUUUUGAUGACAAAAUCUGGUGGUAAUCUGUGCAAGUCUCUACUAAGUGAUGGAAGAUCAGGGCCUAGUGGAGAAUUUCGGCCCUACAGUUGUAUGAUACAUACUUAUUCAUCAGGAGACAGUCACAAGUGUCUUAAAAGACUUGCACCUUGGGGUGAUGUGGUUCGACUCUAUUUUGUUGGAGAUUCACGACUGAAAAAGCUAUUUAAUGCUUUUGUUUACCACAUAAAUGAUGAAGUUGUUGGAGAAAAUAAUACAUCGGAAGCAAGCAUUUCAAAUAACUUUCAAUAUGUUGCGGGUGAACUCGACUUACGAUUUUUCUAUCAUGAUGAAAUCACAGAUGAUACACUAGAACUAGUGAAAUCAUGGAUCGGCUCUACAAAUUUAUCUAAUGUUACUGAGUCUGAUAUACGAAACAAAAAUAAUGACAUUUCUACACCUACUCAUUUGAUAAUUUCUAUGGGCACAAAAACAAUACAACAUUAUAAUCGAUCCGAAGAUGGUCUUUUGGAAUAUAUGAACGGUGUCAAACGUCUUACUAGUGUUUUAGAAGAAUUGAAAUUUGCACGAUGCGUAUGGAUGCUACAAGACCCUGUUGCAGAAAGUCUUUUAUCUAAAGAGUUGAAAAUAAUUACAAAUGAUUUGAUCGAUAAAUAUAAUGAGUUUGCAUCAAUAGCUAUGAAAUCUGUUAGUGGUGUAGAAAUAUGGAGUUCAAAUCGUUUAAUUGCUCUUAAAGUUGGUUUUCCAGCUAUAAAUUGGAAUUGUCGCCAGUUAAAAAUGUUAUCUACAAGUAACUCAGAUAAAAUGACAUCAGCAACAUCUAUAUUAAAUUAUAAAGAAGGUAUGGCAAAGAAUAAUGUCUGCUUAGAAAUGCCCACACUUUCCGAUGGAUAUCAUGUCUCAGAUAAAGCUAUGAAAGAGAAUGUACAAAUUCUGUUAAAUUUGUAUUGUAAUAAUCAAAUGAAAUUCUCUGAUGGUACUUGUUGUCGUGGUUCUGAGCCAAUUACGCCUGUACAAGAAAAAUGUUUCAUAUUUUACGCUAUUUGUUUGUUAAGUACUUUACUGUGUUUUCUGUACAGUCAAUUUAUUUCUCGUGGUAAACCAUGUACACAAGUGAUAAAUUUUCGCAGAAUAUUUUCAAUGUUUCGUAAAACGGCAGAAACACAACCGUAUAUCCUAGUGGAAAGUGAACCCGAUGGUGAUAAUGAUGAUAAUGAUGAGAAUAAUAAUAAUACUGAUACAACCAGUUCAUUAUUUGUGGAAUUUUAUGAAUUAACUAGUGCUUUGUCAAAAUUUGGUGCUAUCAUGAUGUAUUUCUUUAUAUGUGACAGAACAAUAUUAUUCAUGAAGGCCAAUAAACGUUAUACAAAUUUGAGCUUUUUUCUACCGACUAUCUAUUGCUUCGUGUUAGGUUUAUUCUUUAGUGGACCAACUGAACGAUCUCAAGUUAAUCAUUUGGAUAUAACACGUGAAUGGAAAGGAUGGAUGCAAUUAUAUCUUUUAAUUUAUCAUUUUACUGAUUCUUACAGAGUAACUCCAAUUUUCAUGUCAGCUCGUCUUGUUGUAUCGAGUUAUCUAUUUCUAUCAGGAUUUGGACAUUUUUGUUAUUUUUGGCGUAAACCUGUACCACAAAUUAAUUGGUUAAAAUUAUUGAAUUAUCGUCGUUGCUCCAGAGAAUUUUGUACUGCAUGGAAAGCAUUAUGGCAAAUUUUACAUCGAUAUUUAAUUGUUAUUUAUCGUUUUAAUUUCUUCGUCUUUGGAUUAUGUCUAGUUAUGAAUCGUGGUUAUUUAGCUUAUUAUUUUAUUCCACUAGUAUCAUUUUGGUUCACUGUCACACUGAUUGUUUGUGUUAUGUUCCCUCGUGUAUCUGGCCAAAAAGUAUCUGGAAAUCAAAAUAAUCGAGAUAAUAUCGAUUGUAAUGAUAAUGACAGUGAUCAUAAUAUCACUAGUAAUAGUAGUAAUAAUAAUGAUAGUUCUACUCAUGCUAACAACUUUACCAAUAUAACUACUACUACUACUAUUCCUUCAACAACUGCUUCUACAAGUAUCCCGUCCAAUACAACUGCCACUUCUACCGCAAUAACUGACAACUACAACUACAAUCGUAACCGUUAUUCUAAUCAACAGUACUUUACUACUAACUAUGAUGAAUAUCCACCAAAUCAUCAAUACAUAGAAUCAGAUGAUGAAAUUUAUUUCCAUCAAUCUCCACGAAGAUCUAGCCUGAACAUGAACAAAUCAUUCCUGUUACCCACCUCGUCGCCAUCAUCCCUGCUGACAUCGACAAAUACAGUAAUUGGUGAAAUAUCUGAUUAUAUUCCAUGUCCUUCUUCAUCUUCAUAUAAAUUAACGACACCAAUUAAUUAUAAUUUACAAAGAGGUCAUUAUAAAGCAUUAUCACUUGGUACAGGAUUUGAUCUUUGUCAAACUUAUUCUCUUACUACUACUGAUACUGAUAGUGCUGUUCCUUGUAAUGCCCAAUUUCGUCAUUAUCAAACCAAUCAAAAACUUAUUGGACAUCGAUCACAUCGUUCUGUUGUUAAGUCACGUGGACGUCUUGGUCCACCGUUAACGGAAGAUUUAAUUCGUAAAUUUCAGUGUAUUGUUUUACCAUUAAAAAAGAAAAUAUCAUCAACAACAUCAUCAACACUGAGCGCGACAACAACAAUAACCACGAAUAAAAAGCGAAUGAUAAUCAUGAACCAGAAAUCAAAACAGUCAUUGGACUCUACUACUAAUACUACUAUUAUUACUACUUCUACUACUAAUAAAUGUCGUAGAUAUUUCAAAUCAUUAUGUUUCAUUCAUUGUAGUCGUAUACGAUUGACUUACCUAAUAAUGAUAAUAAAAUUUAUUGGUUUAAUAUGUUUAAUUGAAUCAUUGUAUCGUUCAAGAGGAUUCUUUCAUUGGUUAUUUUUCUCAGGACCGCAGAAGUAUAUAUUUCAAUAUCAUCGUGAGCCUACGCCAUCAACACAGGAAGAUGUUACCAAUAAUGAUGAAAAAGUAUGGUUUUUUCGUUGGUCAAUCGAUCGUUAUUCAGCUGUUUACGGUAUGAUAUUUGCCUUCCUGUGUGAAUCCCUACGACAAAUUGGAGUAUUACAAGACACUAUUGAUGAUAACAGCGGUGAUAAUUAUGCUGCUGCCGAUUAUUUACAAGGCAUUAAACAGUCUGAUGAAAUUCAUUAUUCUCGAUUACCACUGAGUAGUGAGAAUUACAAUCUUACUACUAAUGUCGCUGCCAACAAUAAUGGUGAUAAUCAUGGUAGUAAUAUCAAUAUUAAUAAAAUUAACAAUGUUGACAUGGAUACUGAUUAUCAUAAACGACUUCAAAAAACUGAUCAUAAAACGUUCCAUUGUCAGAAUGAUUACAAUAAUGAGUCUUAUGAAUAUUUAAACCACUCAACAUCUUAUGAAAUGAAACAUUAUGAUGACAUUUUCAAUUCAACUGCUCCAUAUUCAAAUCAUUUACAAAAACGAAUGAAUAAUACUAACAAUUUAUUAUCAUCAUCAUCCACAUUAUUGAAUCAUUUGAAUGAAUAUAAUAAUGGGAAUUUUUAUUUCUCUACGCUCCUAUACAAAUGUUUCUCACCGUUAGGUUUAACCGUAUUAGGUAUAAUAGGUCUAACUUUUUCUUGCACAUAUGUAUUUGCCUGUUCGAAUCGAGAAACUUGUUUACAUAUUCACGCAUAUAUGUGUCUCAUUCCUAUUGUAUCGUAUAUUCUGGUGAGAAAUAGUUUCAGUUCAUUACGUAGAUUAUAUAGUAUAUUCUUCGCUUGGAUUGGUGAUAUGUCAUUGGAAUUAUUUAUUGCUCAAUAUCAUAUUUGGUUAUCAGCUGAUGCUUAUGGUAUACUUGUUCUAUUACCAGGUUUUCCAUUGAUCAAUUUAACUUUAACAUCAUUUAUUUUUAUAUGUAUAUGUCAUGAAGUGCAUACUUUAACACGUCGAUUACAAAAUUACAUUAUUCCUAAUUCUCCAUUAAAACUUGUACGUAAUAUUUUAAUUUUUACAUUAGUAUUUCAUUUAAUAACUAAUUCAACAUUACAAAUGAUUCAAUGGGAUUUUUCUUAAUUAUUAUCCUGAUUAUUAUUGUUAUGUUGUAUUUCUAAAUUCAUUCCAUUUUAUACAUACUUCAUUUAAAUGGGGUUUUUUUGAACUGGUUCCAAUGAACGUUGUUGUGUUGUUUUCUUUUCUAGCUCUUUUAAGGUGCAUUCAUUCCUUAUGGAUAUAUUAUUUUAUUAGGAAUAAUAUAUUUACAAAAUCUCAGCGAAUGAAUUUGAAGUAAAUCCAACGUUUCCCCUGGCAAUCUGGUCUAAGCUUUUUCAAGGAAAUAUAAUCAAACAUCAAAAUUAUCGAAUAUAAAUAGGUACAUGGUUCUUCCUUGAAAAAGCUUUGACCAGAUGGCCAAGCGAAACGUUGGAUUUACUUCAAAUUCAUUCGCUGAGAUUUUACAAAUAGUUUAUUCCUAUUUAAUGUCUUACAUUAACUCGGCGCUCAAAUACUGUGAAACUAUUCGUUCUAAUUUAGACGAAAGUUCUUACAUAUAUUAAUUCAUUUGAUAUAAACAUUCCCAGAAACAAAAUGAAUGUCAUGUGAUAUCAUUUCCAUUUUUUGUUUUCCUUUUGUUUUCCCCUGAAUAGACAGUAUAAUAGAUCUCAGUUUAUUAUUAUCUUGAGGGAAUCAUGUCAGUUGUUCUUAUGAUCAAAAUUCUGUAAUAUUGUUAUUGAACAAUCAUCAAUGGUAAUUUGAGUACUAUAUAUCGAUUUUUAAAAUAAUUUUCUUAUUUCUCUAUCUUUCUCUUUUUUCAAAUUGUAUAUUACCUUAUGUAACAAUAGAGAUCAGGUCAUAAUUGAAUGAAAAUGAAUAAAAAAUCUAUGGUAGAAAAAUAUCACAAAAGCUAAGAUAAUUUUCUUAUUUGUCAUAUAAUUUUUAAAUCUGUACAUUGAUAUUUAUAUUUUUAUCACAUAGAAAAGAAUAACAAUGAAUUCUAUAAA